AUGCGGCGGCGGCGGCAGCAGCAGGCGGCGGCGGCGGAGGAGCGCGGAGCGAUGCGGUGCUGCGCGGCGGGGCUCUGGCCGCACAGCGGGGGCGCCCUCACCACGCUCCUGCUGACAGCUAUUUUGUUAAGCUCUGCUGAUGGCAAUAAUGGAACAGUUAACUGGACGACUAAGCAAGCCCACAGUUAUAUUAUCAGCAGAAAAAAGGCUGUUGAGAAGAAUGUGUACACGAUUCUGUCUAAGGUGCACUCUGAUCGGAAUGUAUACCCUUCUGCUGGAGUUCUUUUUGUUCAUGUUUUGGAGAGAGAGUACUUUAAGGGGGAAUUCCCUCCGUACCCAAAGCCUGGUGAAAUAAGUAAUGAUCCUAUAACAUUUAAUACCAAUUUAAUGGGUUACCCUGACAGACCUGGAUGGCUACGCUAUAUACAAAGGACACCAUACAGUGAUGGAGUGCUGUAUGGCUCACCAACUGUAGAAAAUGUGGGCAAACCAACCAUCAUUGAGAUCACUGCAUAUAACAGGCGUACCUUUGAGACAGCAAGACACAAUUUGAUCAUUAAUAUUAUGUCAGCAGAAGAUUUUCCUCUACCAUAUCAAGCGGAGUUCUUCAUAAGGAACAUGAAUGUAGAAGAAAUGUUAGCAAGCGAAGUUCUUGGCGACUUUCUCGGAGCAGUGAAAAAUGUCUGGCAGCCAGAACGCUUGAAUGCCAUAAACAUUACUUCAGCCCUCGACAGGGGAGGGAGAGUUCCUCUUCCAAUUAAUGACAUGAAAGAGGGUGUCUAUGUUAUGGUUGGGGCAGAUGUUCCAUUCUCUUCCUGCUUACGGGAAGUGGAAAACCCACAAAAUCAGCUGAGAUGCAGCCAAGAAAUGGAGCCUGUAAUAACCUGUGAUAAAAAAUUUCGUACUCAAUUCCACAUUGACUGGUGUAAAAUCUCUCUGGUUGACAACACAAAACAAGUUUCCACCUUUCAGGAAGUGAUUCGUGGAGAGGGAGUAUUACCUGAUGGUGGGGAAUACAAGCCACCUUCUGAUACACUGAAAAGCAGAGACUAUUACUCGGAUUUCCUAAUUACCCUGGCAGUGCCCUCGGCAAUAGCACUGGUGCUUUUCCUAAUCCUUGCCUAUAUCAUGUGCUGCCGACGGGAAGGAGUGGAAAAGAGAAACAUGCAAACACCAGACAUCCAGUUGGUCCAUCACAGUGCUAUACAGAAAUCAACCAAAGAGCUUCGUGACAUGUCCAAGAACAGGGAGGUUGCCUGGCCCCUCUCCACACUGCCUGUGUUUCACCCAGUGACGGGGGAGAUGGUCCCGCCGCUUCACACCGACAGCUACGACCACACCAGCAUGCCACUGAUGCAGACCCAGCAGAACCUGCCACAUCAGACUCAGAUUCCACAGCAGCAGAGUGCAGGAGACUUUCGUAUGACAACAUUUCAAAGAUUUGAGGUAAAUGGUAUUCCUGAGGAAAGAAAACUAACAGAAGCAAUGAAUUUGUAAUCAGAGAAGGCAGCACAUUGUCUUACUUCCUUAUUUGUUCUGAUUGAUGCAUGAGUUUUUCUGGUGUGUGUUCUGCAUGCCCACAGUGUUAAGAUGAAUUCAGUGCCAGAGAGUACAAUCACUUCCAUAUAACUAAUGUACUGUAUCCUUUUGUACUUUGGACAUUUUGGACAAUUUGUAAACACUGAUAACUUUUUAUAUUUUUUACAUUCAGAAAAUAAUCUUUAAAAUAUAUGUAUUAAUAAAUACCAAACUUUAUUCUGUUUUGUGAUCUCUCCUGAAAGUUUUAACAGGGAAAUCAAAACUUCACAAUAAGCACCAGGUUCAAAGGAUUUCAGACUGUUUGAUGGGAUGAUGUAAUUGCCUUACAUUUGCACAUGAAAAGCAGUAGUUUAUAAGCAUGAGAACUUGUGCAAUAUGAUGAGGCUCAAAAAUAGCAUUCCAGAUUUAUUAGGCUUUAAUUUUUUAAGAGUUUAUCAAAAUGUUAAGAACAGUUAUUUUUGAAACAACCAAACAAAAACCUGAAACUAUUCCUGUUGAAAAUUGGAUUUCUGUUCCUUUACCCUAUUUGACAACUUGUAAGCAAUAAACCAUUUAAAAUCUAUCCAUUCAUUUUUAUGGUUAUGUUAGAAGAAACUGUUCAAAACUACUGUAGGCAGAAAUUAAUGUCUGCAAACAAACGAGUAUAUUUUGUUAUGGUAACACAGACUAACUUAUAAAACUCUUUUAAAGGUC